AGCUGUAAUUGACCAGAGGAUCAAGAUUAUCUGUGUGCGUUUUUUCUUCUGCAUGUCAUAUUCGCUCUUUUCGGUGGAGAUUUUCUGCGCGCGUGCGUGCGUGCGCUUGUCAACGCUUGCGCCUUUUCUCGUCUGGGCAACCUUCUUUCUUCUUUCAAAUCUCUCGGAUUCAACAUUUAUCACAUUAUUUCCUCAGAUUUCUCUGUUUCUGGAGGCUACUCAAGCUGACUGGAAUUAAAUGAGGAAGUAAUUGCAGCACUGAAACAUGGAAGACACCAUCUCUCCAGCUGUCAACACGAGAGCCAACGCUCUGUCAGGGAUAACAGCCCAACAGGACCAGCAAUGGAAAGAGCUCGCCUGAGUCCACCAGGACCACGUGAAGCAGCUUCUGUACGACGUUUGAUCUUUGAAUUACCAGAUUUGCAGUUGCACAGUUGGUUGGACUACAUCAAGGCUGAAGGGUUGUGUUUGGGUACCAACUUCUUUCACAGUGUUUGGUCUAACGCUUAAUCUAAGAAUGAUCCCUCAAAUUGUCACUUUGAUUUGGGGAGUUACCCUUGUCAGCUGUCAACAAGCACAAUACACCACCGUCACCACAAACUAUGGGAAACUGCGUGGAUUGAGGGUGGCAUUGCCUAGUGAGAUCUUGAGCCCCGUGGAGCAAUAUCUGGGUGUACCUUAUGCCAUGCCCCCUACUGGAGAGCGGAGGUUUCAGGCACCCGAGCCACCCUCGUCCUGGCCUGGCAUCAAGAAUGCCACCCAGUUUGCACCCGUGUGUCCACAGUAUCUGGAGGACAGACUUCUGCUCACCGACAUGCUGCCGGUCUGGUUUACCACCAAUCUGGACACAGUGGCCACGUAUGUGCACGACCAGAGUGAAGACUGCCUGUACCUCAACAUUUACGUGCCAACGGAGGAAGAUUCACAGGCCGACACUGGAUUAAAGCCAGUCAUGGUUUACAUUCACGGCGGAUCGUACAUCGAGGGCACCGGUAACAUGAUCGAUGGCAGUAUUCUUGCCAGCUACGGAAACGUCAUUGUCAUCACAGUCAACUACAGGUUAGGAGCUUUAGGGUUCCUCAGUACUGGUGAUCAAGCUGCAAAAGGAAAUUAUGGUCUUCUGGAUCAGAUUCAGGCUCUCCGAUGGGUCAAAGAGAACAUUCAGUCCUUCAAUGGAGAUCCACAGAGAGUGACUAUAUUCGGUUCUGGAGCUGGAGCUUCCUGUGUCAGUUUACUCACCCUCUCACACUAUUCUGAAGACCUGUUUCAGAAAGCGAUCAUUCAGAGCGGGACAGCUCUCUCCAGCUGGGCUGUCAACUACCAGCCCGUCAAAUACACCCGCAUGCUCGCCGAGAAGGUGGGCUGCAAUGAAGAUGACACUGUUGAGUUGGUGGAGUGCCUCCAGAACAAGAACUACAAAGAGCUCAUCGAGCAGAAUAUCACCCCUGCCAAAUACCACAUCGCCUUCGGCCCCGUGAUCGAUGGAGAUGUCAUUCCAGAUGACCCUCAGAUCCUCAUGGAACAAGGAGAGUUCCUCAACUAUGACAUCAUGCUGGGCGUGAAUCAGGGCGAGGGGUACAAGUUUGUGGACGGGAUCUUAGACAGCGAGGAUAGAUUAACUAGCAGCGACUUUGAGUUUGCAGUGUCAGAAUUUGUUGAUCAUCUCUACGGUUAUCCGGAAGGUAAGGACACCAUGCGAGAAACCAUAAAGUUCAUGUACACGGACUGGGCGGACAGGGAGAAUCCUGAGAUGCGACGGAAAACGCUGGUUGCACUUUUUACAGAUCACCAGUGGGUGGCGCCAGCCGUGGCUACAGCAGACCUGCAUGCGCAGUACGGAUCACCAACGUACUUUUACGCAUUUUAUCAUCAUUGCCAGAGUGAGAUGAAGCCCGCCUGGGCCGACUCGGCACAUGGAGAUGAACUUCCAUAUGUUUUUGGAAUUCCGAUGAUUGGACCCACUGAUCUCUUCAACUGUAAUUUUUCCAAAAAUGAUAUUAUGUUGAGUGCGGUGGUCAUGACUUACUGGACUAACUUUGCCAAAACUGGAGACCCAAAUCAACCAGUUCUCCAAGAUACAAAAUUCAUCCACACUAAACCAAAUCGCUUCGAGGAGGUGGCAUGGUCUAAGUACAACCCUAAAGACCAGCUCUACCUGCACAUCGGCCUGAAGCCUCGUGUUCGUGACCACUACAGAGCUACCAAGAUCGCCUUCUGGUUGGAGCUCGUGCCACACUUACACAACAUCAAUGAACUCUUCCAGUAUGUUUCAACAGCAACCAAAAUUCCACCGCAGGACACGACGCCAUUCUCAUACACCAAGCGUUUGUCCAAACUCUGGCCUUCCACCACGCGCCAUCCGGCCAUCCCACCAGCCAACACCAAACAGAUGUCGGACCAGCAGAAGACCGAGCAAGGCGAUGGGACUGUUAUCAUCGAGGCGAGAGAUUACUCGACCGAGUUGAGCGUCACGAUUGCCGUUGGCGCUUCUCUGCUCUUCUUGAACAUCCUGGCAUUCGCCGCACUCUACUACAAGAAAGACAAACAUCGCUAUGAGUCCAGUCGGCGACUGAGUCCUCCAAGAAACAUUGUUAACGACAUUACUCGUGUCCCAAGUGAGGAACUGAUGUCCCUACAGAUGAAGCAGCUUGACCAUGAUCUCGACCACGAUCUCGACCACGAUCUCGACCACGAUUGCGAUUCGCUGCAAGGUCAUGACAUGAUUCGCCUAACCUGUCCUCCCGAUUACGCGCUUACGUUGCGACGUUCGCCUGACGAUAUCCCGCUCGUGACGCCAAACACUAUCACUAUGAUUCCCAGUUCUUUUGGUGGCAUUCAAACAUCGUAUCACCCCUUUAACGCAUUCGGUAACAGCACUCCGAGUUGCGCGGGUCUCCCACACGGACACUCUACGACGCGGGUAUAACUCGGUGCAAGUGAAAGACUAUUUACAGGAAAAGAGCGCACUCAGGUGCUUGAAUACAAACACCGAAUGUGUUAUUUUGUUACGGACUCUUUUAUGAAUUAAGUAACAUUACACUUAUUAACCUGUAUAAUGUGAACAGUGAAUGUAAUAACUUUUCGCAACUCAUGGUACAGCAACUGAAGCUCAAACGAAACAAGCGUCAGGCAUAAAGAGCCCUCAAACAUUAUUGAAUACAUGAAGAUAUAUAAUUUGCAUUCUGACUGCCUGAUUUAACAUGUAAGACAAUUUGUGAAGACAUGCGUUUCUUAGUGAUGCACUGAAAUUAAAUUUCUUGAAAAUUGUGGACACACUGUAAUCCAAAAAUUCAGGUGUCUUCUUCACAGUACUGAAGUGAUGCUGUACAGUCCCAGUAAAGUAUGACAGAGCAACUUAUCCUUCACAACCUAGCACACAGACCGGCCUGCAAGAUGGGUAACUACUUUUAUGGGUAACUUUCUGGCGUGUUUGUGCAGUUACCUGAUUUGCAUAAUUCCUUAAGUGAAUCAGGUGCUAAAAAACAGACAUCACAUACAAAUAAACUAAGAUUUUAGUGGGUGCAGUUCAUUCUAAAGGCCCUGCUUUACUCACGGAGAAGUAUACUCACCACAAAAUGGUGUCGCGAUAUGAAUAAAAGGACACCCCCACCAGCUCAACCACUUUUGGAUCAAACCCCCCAUACAAGCUCAACAACUUUAGGCUCAGACACCCCCCCGUCCACCCCCCCAAUACAACCCCUAACCCCAGCUCAACAACAUUUGGCUCAAACCCAACCAA